AUGAGUCUAUGAGGCCAAUUAGGAUUUCAAGAUGCAGCUUCUCCUUUGAUAGAAGAACUAAUUUUUUUCCAUGAUCAUGCAAUGACUAUUUUGACAUUGAUUAUUAGUCUUGUAGGUUAUGCUGCUUUAUCUUUAAUAUUAAAUAGCUAUACUUGUCGUUCUUUAGUUGAAGGGCAGGAAAUUGAAACUAUUUGAACUAUUGUUCCAGCUAUUAUUUUAAUUUUUCUAGCUCUUCCUUCUUUGCGUUUAUUAUACCUCUUAGAUGAGAUUGGGGAUUGUAGACUUACAGUUAAAACAAUUGGGCAUCAAUGAUAUUGAAGUUAUGAAUAUUCGGAUUUUUUAAAUAUUGAGUUUGAUGCUUAUAUACUACCUACAGAUGAGUUGAAUGUUGGGGAUUUUCGUCUCCUAGAAGUAGAUCAUCGAGUAAUUCUCCCUAUUGAUACUGAUGUUCGAACCUUAAUUACAUCUGCAGAUGUAAUUCAUUCAUGAGCUGUACCUUCUUUAGGAAUUAAGGCUGAUGCUAUUCCAGGACGAUUAAAUCAAGUAGGUUUUUUUAUUAAAUAUCCUGGAAUUUUUUUUGGACAAUGUUCUGAAAUCUGUGGAGCUAAUCAUUCUUUUAUACCUAUUGUAAUUGAAGCUGUACCACUAAAUGUAUUUAUGGAUUGAAUUAUUAAAGUUUCUAAAUAA